UGCAGCUGUGCUUCUAGAAUCUUGGCCUAUACAGAGUAUCGUCAAAACUGAGAAGAUGGGAACAUAUUUGAUUUUGGUGGGUCUGCUCUCUAUCUGCAGCCUAUCCUUUAGUCAAGAAUGUAGUCGAGAACUUGUGAAAAACGUGGAUUUCCCUGGAGCAGAAGUUUCAACUCCCUACUCUCCUGAUGCUGAGCACUGUCAGCAGCUUUGCACCCAGCACUCUUCCUGCCAAUUCUUUACCUUUGUUCAAGGCGACUGGACCAGAAGUAACAGGACCUUCCGCUGCUGCCUCAGGUCCAGUGCCUCUGGACAGCCCAAUGCUCGGACUGCACUCCAAAACGUCACCUCUGGCUUCUCUCUCAAACCCUGCAACCCAGACCCACAGCCUUGUCUGUCUCAGGUGUACCAGAACGUGGAAUUCCCAGGGGCAGACUACCGAUCCUUUUUCACAGCGGACUAUAAGGAGUGUCAGAGGGCUUGCACCCAGGACCCUGCCUGCCGGUUCUUUACUUUUGCAAAUGGGCUCUUCACACCAGAGAAGUACAGGUUCAAGUGCCAGCUUAAAUACAGCUGGGCAAUACCAAGGACCCCUGAUGUAGAAACAAAGGCUGGUGUAACAUCCGGAUUCUCCCACAAAACGAAAUUCACUCAACACUUUGAUACAGCAUGCGAGGGCAGAUUGUUUGUAAACACUGCCAUUCCAGAACACCACCUCCAGAAACUAUCUGCUGCCUCUCCUCAGCAAUGUCAGACAUUGUGCUCUGCUCAUCCACUCUGCACCUACUUCACUUAUGUCAGUACUAACUUAACUUGUCUCCUGAAGAAUAAUCGAAAUGAAAUGGUGAUCAAAAACAAAGAGGGAGUCACAUCUGGGAUGCCAGCACGCUUCUGUCAGCCAGAUAACAACUGGAUAAAGGUGGCUCACAAAGAUGUAGAUUUCCCAGGUUCUAACAUUCGCUUUGAACCGAAAGACAAUGCAGACGCAUGUCAGAAGGCCUGUACUAACGAUAAGUACUGCCAGUUCUACAGCUAUGUCAAUGACAACUUCUCUGACCCUGCUUUAAGGCGCCGUUGUUAUCUAAAGCGUGUCAUCACCAUGCCUGCUCCUCCUAAAGUCGCCAAACUGGCCAAUGUUGUGUCUGGUUUCACAAAGAAGAACUGUCAUGGUCAAAAACAGUGAAUUAAAAGAAAAAAGUGUAGAAACACAAUUCUGUGACUCAGCAGUAAGCACUUUCCUCUCACUUCCCCAUUUCAAACACUUGUUUUCUGUCAUUACUGCCCUCCUCAUUGCAUGCUGAACCCUUCUAUUUUUCCUCAUUUAGCUUGGUCCAACAAAUCUCGCCUUUUAAUGCCUCUUGCUUCACUCAGACAUGCACACUUCCCUCCUUCUGUCUUGAUAUCUUCUUCCUCUUUGUUUCCCCCAGACCUGUUUUUUAAAAUUCUUUAUUAUGUGCACUUGGAUAGCUGUUGUUCCUAACAUCAUUUGCUUUUUGAGCUGCAGAUGAGUAUUUUUGUGUGACAAAUGUGUAAACAAAAACAAUAAAACAUCAAUUUGCCUUUCA